UCUUCGUAGCUCCCGAUCGAGCUCGAACCAGUCUCCCCGUCGCGAGUGAUUGCAUCACAUUACAUCACAUCGAUCUCUUCCCUUUCAGAAAAGAAUUACGGAACAAUCGCGAAAACAAUAUGGUUCGUUAUGGGUUGUUAGUCUUGUCUCCUUCUUGCCUCAGAACUAAAAUACCAGCCCUUCUGAAGCAAGCAUCGAAAGAAGUGAAAGAGGUAUUGUACGUUGACAUUUAUCAACCUGAUUACGUGUGCCUCCAUCUUCGCAAUUUGUACGACCUACUCGUCGAUGUUUACAGCAAAAAUUCCUCGAGAAUUGGCGAUUUGGACGUCCGAUUUCUGCUUCCUUCCGCGUUGGCAAAAACAGACGGUAACCUUGAUGAAGUUAGAUAUCUUGGAAAGAGACCUGAGGUCGCACUCGUGCGAGAUAUUUUUUGUAAAACAGGCCAGUCGAGUUCACAGGUUGGCCUCCUGGAGUUCAAGAAGUGGCUGACCCGACGUUUUCAGUUAUCCGAUUUGGAGAAAAAAGUGAAGUAUUUAAAGGUCGACGACGAGGCGACGGAUAGUAACUUAAUCAACAAAACUUGUGGGCCAGAAAAUCCACAAAAUGAUUCUUUGCAGACCUACAAUGAGGUCGUUCUUGGGGGAACAUUCGAUCACAUUCACUCUGGCCAUCGAUUACUUCUAGCUGUAGCUUCCUUGCUUUGCGAAGAAAGAAUUACGAUUGGCCUCAGCGAUGGGCCUCUUCUUCAAAGAAAGUUUUUGAAGGAACUAAUCGAGCCUUUCCAAGAGAGGAGGAAGAAAUUGCAGAACUUUUUGAAUGACGUUAAGCCAGGUAUGUCUUUCAUUUCUUUCAUCGUGUUUCAAAUUACAUCACUAAACCAACAUUCAGAUUGGCUGACCAACGUGCUACUUGCAUCUUAUUUCCUCGAGUAAUAGCCGGGGGCGAUUAUAAUUUUUUUCGGACCAAAAGGGAGCGAUCAUUCAAGGAAAGGCGAUUAUUCGAGGCCGAGGCGACUAUUUCAAAUAUUGCUCACUGGAAGUUGUGCCCUAAAUAUUUUGUUUGAUUAUCUCAUUGAAUCAAAAAAUAGUCACAUGAAAUAAACUGAAUAUGGGCUUUUUAACUGGAUGAAGAUAGCGGGAGCGGUGGGGGGCGAUUAAUCGAGGGAGGUGAUUAUUUUAAAAUAAUAUUUCCAUCAAAGGGGGGAGAUUUUGAAGAAGGCAGUAAAUCGAGGGGUGGCUAUUAUUCGAGGAAAUAUGGUAUGAUACAGUCCAGACUACAUUUGCGACCACAUCUCUUAAGUGUCCACCUCCAAGCAACCACCUGUUCAAAACACCAAAAUUUUCCCAGUCAAAGCACUAUAAUUGAAACCUCCCAUAAAAGACCACCUACUGUAAGCAACCACCGCAUGGUCUCAUCUCUAGGUUCACUGAGUGUGCACCAUGCUACUUGGACUACAUCUAUAUGAAGAAUUUUCAGUGGCAACAUGGAAAUACACAUAUUGUAACUUGCAUGAAACUGCAUGACAUUAAUUGCAAUAAAAUUAAUUAUCUUCUGUACAGAAGACAUGUCUGGACCACUUGGGAGAGACACCCUGUGGUUGGAUUCUUCUAAACGACCACCUUCAGUAAGUGACCACUAAGUCUUCGACUUUGGGUGGUUGCUUCUGGAACUUUUGACUGUAGUUCUCAGGUAGUAAGUCGAGAAAAGUCUGUUUCUAUGCCUUUGAAUGAUGUAAAUAAUGUCUAUCAUGGUGUGGUUAUACAUCUACAGUGUAUUUACUGUGAUACUCAUAAAACCGUGAACACCAGAAAUAUAAAUUCUGUAAUGUUAUUGUGUUGAAAGGAAAAAGGCAAUGAGGCGUGUCCUGAAUUUUAUUGUGAUUGGUCACCACACAAUCAACACUCCUGAAAAUUUUCAGUUACUCAUGGGUUUCUGAGUUUCACAGUAACAGUAUCAUUUUUGUAUGUGGUUGGUAUGUUGCGAAGGAUCAUUCAGAUUGAACAGGGUAUUGUCUACUGAUACCACAAGCCAAGAUCAACAAUACCUGCAUACAGCAAAAGUGCUGUUUGAUAGCCUGGAGCAAGCCCUCAUGUUAGUAACUAGCAAUAACCAAAGGUUUUAACAGGAAGUGCAGGGAAGUUUAAGGCUUCUCAUCCAAGGUCAAAACACUCUUGCUCCAUUACUGGGGCUUUGCAUAAGUUUGAAUGCAAGUGACCAGUGGGAUUAUGAAAGAUAGAAAGUUCAAACGCAUGUGCAUGAUUAGUGUGAUCACAUGUUCUCAGCCUGGAGAUUAAGAGGUUUUAGGCGUCCUCUUGUUGCUCGUAAUAAUUUUGCCCAGCAGGUCAAUAAUGUUUUGCUAAGAUAAAGUAAAAAGGGUAGUUGGUAAACCUGUGAUAUUUCUCUUCUUAUAUUUCUUUUUCCCCUGUCUUCUCAAAAAGAAAUAAAAAAAGCCCUGACACAGGUUAGGGGAUUGCUUUGACUUAGUAAAAUUUCAACAACAACUUACUUAAAGGGCAACCUACUUUUUAUUUUUUGUUUCUUUUAAAGUAUCUAUUGAAAUAAUAAGGAAUGAGAUUUCUUGCACGGAGCAAUUGGGGACAAGGCCUUCACUCAUGUUGGCCCCUCACUGUGGAACUCUAGUUCUUUUAGCUAUCAUGAGUACCUGGAGUUAUCAGGGUUUCAAGCAGGCUCUAAAGACCUUUUUAUUUCAUUUGGCAUUUGCCCAGUGAACCAAUUCAUGUACAGUCAUUGUGGUGUUUUAUUUUUAUUUUCUCUAAGUUUACUGUUUGUUAUGUAUUAGUGUUUGUCAGCUUUUAUCAGCGCUUUAGAAUAUGUGUAUAGUUUAAAUGCUAUAUAAACAAAUAUUAUUAUUAAAUAUUAAUAUUAUUAUUAACAUUAUUGUUAUUGUUUAAAAUUAUUCCAUCUCAUAAUAUCAGAACCCCUGUUUAUCAAUGGUUUGCAUUUUUAGGCCUUAAACAGGACAUCAUGAUACUCAAGGACCCUGUGGGGCCAGCAGGAACAGUUCCAGAGUACCAGUGCUUAAUUGUCAGCAAGGAAACAGAGAAGGGAGGGUUCUUCGUUAAUGAUGCCAGAGAGAAAAAAGGCUUAGAUCUGCUGGAUGUACAUGUUGUUGACGUAGUCUCGGACAACAGUAUUGAAGUUCUGAAAGGAAAACGCCAUCAAGGGGAAGAAAAGAUGAGCUCCUCUAUGGAACGUCAAAAACUCUUAGGAACACUUUUAAAACCUGUUGUUAGAAAAGAGAAAGGAAAUAAUCAGCCAUAUGUUAUUGGUCUAACUGGAGGGAUUGCAAGUGGAAAAUCUGCAGUCUGUCAGAGACUGAAAGAUCUAGGUGCUGCGAUAAUAAGCUGCGACCAGCUUGGACACCAAGCUUAUACACCUGGAAAGAAGGCUUACAAGGAAAUAAUUGAUAAUUUUGGAUCCAGCAUUCUCACCCCUGAACAAACCAUAAACAGAAGAGCGCUUGGUGCAAUUGUGUUUGCUGACAAGGCAAAGUUAGCAUUGCUUAAUCAAAUAGUGUGGCCUGAGAUAUUGAUGCAGGCUAAAACAGAAAUUGCUCGUUAUGGAAAAGAAGGCUUUAAUGUUUGUGUCCUGGAUGCCGCAGUUCUCUUGGAAGCUGGCUGGGACAAGGAAACUGAUGAAGUGUGGGUUACAUUUGUCCCUGAAAGUGAAGCAGUCUCACGGAUUCUCGACAGAGAUGGUAUCUCUGAAGAACAAGCAAUGAACAGAAUUAAGUCACAAAUAGGCAACGAGGAAAGAAUUAGGGAAGCUAAUGUUGCCAUUUGCACCUUGUGGGAGCCAGAAUUCACGCAAAAACAGGUUGUGAAAGCAUGGAAUAAUUUACAAGAAAGACUGUCAUGACAUUAUUUCAAAUAUUCACUUGUAGUGCUAUUAAAAUGUAUGAUAAUUUAUUUAUUUAUUAGCUUUACUAGUGAUAAAGCAAAGUAGAAGAAAUUUCAAAAUUCAAGAUUAAUUUAACUCUGAACACAAAAAUUGGUAGUCUGAUGUAAAUAUUCAACUUUUCUAGGUGUCAGCUAAGUUUAACUGCAAGGAUCUACAAAGCUAGAUUUUGAACUUAACAAUAACCUUCAUUGGACACUGGGAUCUGUAAACAUUUAGCCUGAGUGGAAAACGGGAUUUGUACCCCCUGUUCCCACUUUGGUACCCUCAUACUGGCAAGCAUAUGCAUUUAGAGUGAUUUUCGUAUGACCUUGAAAUGAAAAAGUGCGAACAAAACAGAACAACUAACGAAUGGAAAUAAAGUGAUUUGAUUGGUUUAUUGAACCGAUACAAACGCACCAGGCGUUUGGUUGGUUAAGUGAACACUCGGCUGAAAAAACUUCAUGCCCUUGAACUUAAUUCUAGAAGUCAACCUGUCGAUACUUCUCUCUGACGUCAUACUGCAACACAAUUGGCAAAUCGCACAAUGCCCUCUCCAUAUUAGGGUUUUCUUUGGCGGGAAAACGAACACUUACUGAAACCAUUUUUCAAGUUCAUAAAAAAAGCUCUAAUAGCUCAUGCUCUGGAAUUCUCUAUUGUUUUAGUCCUCUUCUGAUUCAAACAAACUAUAUAGCAGCUCUUUCUGUUCAUGUAUCGCCCAGUUACCGAUCACAUCCAAGUUUAUCAAUGACCUUAUUCUGUCUUUAUAUAACCUGCUUAUGCUGGUGGUUUUUUGGGGAGACAGGAGUGCUAGCACCAGGCAAAGCCAUGAAAAUUGUUGCAAAGCCUCCAGCUAAACAGGCUGUUUCAGUGUCCUAAGCUAAUUUAACUGGAAAUAUUGUGAACCAGUCGCAUUGUAGAAAUGAAAGCUUCCUCUUUUAGUAUUUAAAGCAAACAAUUGAGCAAACAAUGAUGGAAGCAAAAUUAAUUCCCAGUAAAACUGAAAAAUGUCAGCAUCGGUUAUGAUUCUUAACUGUCUGUCCUGCAAAAAUCAUCUCUGCUUUCAUGCUACAUUUUAUUAUAGAUGUGUCAGAAAAUGCUUUAGCCUGCUCACUCCAAGGGCAACCAAGUUAUUGAGAGGUUUGCUCUAACGUUUCAACUCUUGGACAGAUCGCCAUUAACCAUUUAGAUGAACCCUUUUUAGUUCAACGUUUUUAUACAACUAUUUAUUUGUAGGGAUUUCACAAAGAGAAAAUAAUAUGAAUUUUGUUGUGAAUAUUUUCUUUGCCCACUAAAAAGGAGUCAAAGGGUUAUUUUUAGGUUACUUUAGGGAAGAUUGAAGUUGAUUAGUCUUAGAUUUAUAGGGCUAUUAUGGACAGUAUCAUCUAGAAGAAAUCGUUUCUAAUUUUGAGAAAUUGCCAUUGAGGUUGUACUAUUUGCUGUAAGCAUGACUCUUAAAUAAUUUCUCUACUGAGAGACUUUUUGUAAGAUAUUUUUUGUAUCCUAGGCUGAUUUUUUCGUGACUCUCAUAACCUUCAUGAUUAAUAAGCAGUGAUAUUUAAG